AUGUGGCGAGUGGAGCUGACAGAGACGGCUGCAGAUGCAUCAGGAGGAAAGACGAUAGAUGCGGUUGAACAGACGGGCAUCUGGCCUCACCAGGGAACACAAGCGAGCAUCGUCGCAGGCUCCACAAUGCCUUCUGAAAUCGUGCCGGCUGCACGCCGUCACCACCCGGAAAUGAUCACCUCGUGCCGCGGGAGAUUUAGGAAGCAUGAUGAGGGUCUUCGCCUGUCCUCUGCCAUUUGGGCAGUGGACGAGCUAGGAUUCACGAUACCUCAAGCUACGGCCACCAACGCCGCUGAGGAGACAGGAGCGCAAAUGCAUAGCCACCCUGUCGAAGAUCGCGACGCACAAAUAGCAGCGGGUGUCUCUAUAGAGGAGGACCACAGGUGGGAGCUCGGAUUUAGCAUGGCGUCAUACCCCGAGGAAGAGAGACGGGCCGAGGCGCCAGUCGGCGAAGACAGUGCGUCCAUCAACAUGGACGCUGAACUUACCCUAGGCCUCUCCAUGGAGGAGGGCACUGCGGGGGCAUACGGCGGGAGCAUGUACAUCCCGCCGGACAUGGACGUGUGGUGGCCAUCCGGGGCGAUGAUGCACGAGGAAGACGACGUACCCAUGGCAGGGCCGUCGAGAUUCCCGGGCGCGCUUAGCUACCCGGUUGGCAGAGUUGGAGGAAGUGCCACUUCCUUUACUACUCAAUUAUUGCGAGAGGACGGGGCACCCGUAUCCACCGCAAUCGCCCCUGGUCUGCUGUAUGCAGAGCAGGGAGCAAUCACAACCGAAUACGCAGUUUCGCUCGACGAAGAUGAGAAUGAAGAAGACCUCGACACCUGUGACGACGGGGCAGACGACAACGAGGACGACACUUCCAUUCUCUACACGAAUGAGGAGGACAAUACACCUCUUGCGUCCAACGAGGACGAGUCUGCAAUUCUCGACGACGACGUCAACAUUGAAGCAGCUGCCGACUUAUCACUAGUCGCCCCUCCCAUAACGCGCUCCCACGGUCGCUCAGCUUGUGGAAACAGCACUUUGAUGAUGCCCGGUGCGUCGCGCGGAAAAAAGCGCAGGGCUGACGAAGACGGCGAGGACGACGAAGACGACGAGAAGGCAGUGAAGAAGGCCCGGAAGGGAAAGGCGAAGGACACUGGCCAGAAGAAGCAGAAAACCAAGCCAAAAGCAAAGCGUACAGCGAAGGCAAAGGGUAAGGCGAAGGCAAGCAGCACAAAGAACAAGGCAAAGGCUGGCAACACCAAGAGCGAGGAAAAAAGGUUCCCAUGCUUGCAAGCCGGUUGUGAUCAGACAUUCGGACGCCAGAGCGAAAGCUCCCGCCACUUCAGAUGCAGUUGUCCGAAGAGAGACCCAGACGACCUCGAGAAACCCCCCUGCCCCCACUGCAAGGCGCCCUUGUGCAGAGGCGAUUCGGUCAGGCGACAUAUCGAAGAGGGUGCGUGUCCCGCCUUGAAACAGUCACCUGGAGAGUCGAAGGAGUCCGGAGCGUCGAGUGACGGGAACUAUGGUAAGCGCAAGGGAGGAGACAAGGGUGGUCGCGGUGGAGGAAAGCACGGCCGCGGUGGAGGAAAGGAUGGUCGCGGUGGAGGAAGGGGCGGUCGUGCCUAA